UGUAGGGGCUUUUUGGGGCUUCCGCUUGUUUGUUCAUUCAUUUCGAUUUCGCUGUUUUUGUACACCUACUAUUAUUAUCUUCUUCAAAGUGGAACCAAUAUAUAAACUAAUGCAUACAGGGAGAUUGCGGUUGUGUAUUGCCAAUUUUGCGAAAUAGAAGACCGUGCGAACAGAGAGACUUUCAUUUAACAUGGACAUGGACGAACCGGAGGUGGAGUUUGACUUCGACAAUGACACAACUUGCACCAUUUGCUAUGCCGAAUUUCUCGAUGCAGGAGAUCUGGAAAUCCACAAGGCCCAAAUGCACAUCAUCGGAAUAUUGAAUUGUCAAUUCUGUGCGCUGAAACUAAUGAGUGUCGAAGAUUAUGCGUUGCAUAUUCGUGAUGAACAUUUGUUAAAUAUGAAAAUAUGCCAGAUUUGCGCUAGAGUGUUUCUGGACGAAACUUACUGCAGAAAACAUGAGAAAAAACAUUUGAUGAACCCCAAUACCGCUAAGUAUUCUUGUUCGCAAUGUGAGUUAAACUUUUACAGUACUAAGGAGUUGGAAAAACAUGAAUUCAAUACACAUAAAGAAGAGGACUAUGCCAGAGGUUUCUGGCUACAGGACUUCUCGCCGCACCUGGCAUCUGUUUUAAAUAUGACUUUAAAGUGUAUACUUGUUGAGGGGAAGCGCAAGUUUGUAUGUACAAAAUGCAGAGCUACAUCGCCAAACCUCAAAGACUAUGUACAACAUUUAAAAAAUGCGAAUUGCCGAUCUUUAACUUGCAACACAUGCUCUUGUGUGUAUAAAAGCAAAAAGAGUAUGUGGAGGCAUUUAACAAAACAUGGCGAAUGUAAUUGUGAUAUGAAAAAUAUUGUUAAAAAAUGCAAUAUAUGUUUGAAAGUUUUCCCGAUUCACUUCUGGAGAUAUCAUCAGAAUUCUUGUAAGGUCAUUAAAUGCCAGAUAUGCGAGAUCCCAUUUGAGAAUUUGGAAGAUUUAGCGAAACACCAGACGGAAAAGCAUCCGUUGGUUGUUUCUGUUCAAGUUUGCAAAUAUUGUAACAGGGAGUUUGUGGGAAAGGUGGGACUCGACAAGCAUAUACAAAGGACACACAACAUAGAACUGUAUAAAUAUAAAUGUGUCCAUUGUGAAAUGGUCUUUAAGCAUCCACAAAAAUUAUUUGCACAUUUCUAUACGAAACACAAGGAGAUGGAGCCAUAUUUCUGCUGUAUAUGCGACAAGAAAUUUAAAAUUAGAAAGAAUUUUACUAUUCAUAUCAAAUUGGAACAUUCCAGUAAGGGUUUUGUCGAAUUUGAUGAGAAAUUCAAUGUUUAUUUUAGAGAAAGGAGGUUUUUAACACAAGCAAUUACUACAAAUGAUAAUUCUCCAAUUACUAAUGCUAAUACUGGAAAUUCGAAGGACACAAGUGAACAGAAACACUCAGAAGAAACUGAUAAUCCUAAAAAAAAUCCUGACGCUGUAGAAAAAAGAUUAAUUGAAAUUGAAAUUGAUAGUCAGCCAAGUGAAACCAAAGACUUCCUCGCGACAGAGACAGAGGCACAGACCGAGAAUGAAACAAAAGAGGAAACAAAGUCCAAACGGAAAGUCAAAUCGAGUAGAGUUGCCAAUACAGUGUAUUCGUCUGGUUCUGAUUCGUUUGACGACCAACCUCUAUGUGUUGUUAGAAAAAAUAUUGGGAAACAUGGAAGGCCUAAGAUAAGAAGAAGGAAUGUCGAUGUUAAGAAUAGGUUCACUUGUCAACAUUGCAAUAAAAUAUGCAACACCUAUCAAAAUUAUCACCACCAUUUGAACACAGUCCAUCAAAAUGAAAGUGUUAAAUGUGUGAAGUGCAACAGAACUUUUGCUUCAAAGAAGAAGCUGACAGCUCACAUCGCCAAAGAGCAUUCGUUUUCACAAUUGACUGAAACUCUCAAAAAAGUAUUAGCGAAUCGUCAAAACAAUCAGAUUUCAUCAACUGAUGCAAAUACAUUGACAAAUUCUCAAAAAUUUGAGAGAACCAUCAAAAAAGUCGAUUGCACUAGUGUCGAGGAGCCAGCAACGUUGAAAUCUAUCUCAAAAGAAUUAUCCGUUCAAAAGUUUAUUGAAAGCUUCACACCAGAAACUAAUGAGAUAAAGAAGAAUAUAAUCAUUGACAGCAAUGUUAGUAUUAAACCUGUAAAUUGCCAGCCAAAAGAGUCAUUCAUAAAAUUAACUAAGUUCCAACCUAAAGAAGUCGAAUCAAAUAUUUUAAGGGCUAACAAACUGUCGAUGCCCGUUAGAUUUAAGCCUGAUAAUUCUGAACAGAAUAGUGUUACAGUGAAAGUGGUAAAUGCUGAAAGUCGGCCAUUAUUCAUUAAGCCAUAUCAUGACAAUGAUUACGCUAAUAAUAAUGACAGUUAUGACAAUGAUAUGAUAAAAUACCAUCAAAUACCCGAGGUAGCGCAGGAAGUGAUGUUAGAAGGUUCAGAAGAAGUUCCUAAAUCUAAAGUACAUAAAAUUGUCAUCCCAAAUAUACCUAAAGAGAUGAGUCAAGUGCGGAUAGCGACACUCCAGCCUGAGGCUCCAUAUUACAAAAUAAUAAAGAUAAGCGAUGUGUUGAAGAAGCCUGAGGAACUCAAGGAUGAGAAAGAAACAGAUAUAAUAUUGCCGAAUGGGAAAAAGUUGGUGAGUGUAAAUCCGUUAGCGCAUUUACUAGGAGAUACUCCCAUUGAGAAGAUUAUGGGUCAAAAGAAUAAAUAUUAUAAAUAUCAGCCGAAAACACCUAAUUUCGAACAGGCAGUUGCGAGGGCACUUACGGUGGUGAAACCAACUCCAAUGAAGAAGAGGAAGAUUACCAAAGUGGAGCCUUAACCACUGAGCUUGUUUUCAUAAUUAUUAUGCAAUUAGAAUCACAUUUUGUCAUUAAUUCAAAUUUAAACAAAUUGACUAUUGAUUGUGAUCAUGCAUUGAAUAUUAUUUUUUAUGUAGAAAUAUUUAAAAGGCUAAUAACAGAUUUAACUUAUUUUUCAUAUUUGCAACAAUAAUGUUAAAAAACUACUAGUUAGUAGGAUAUGCAUCUGUAUCUGAAGGAAGUUACGCUAUAUCAAACUUUCAGCAGCGACAAUAGAGGGUAUUACUUAUGUUGGUUGUAAAUUGAAAUAAAACAUUCAAUAUUCAAAAUAA